UCACGACAGACGUAUGUGUACCAAUAUCAAAACUAGCAGAUGUGAUAUCAGAAACAAGAUCUGAUCUAGAUGAACAUGAAAUUCUUGGAACUGUUGUUGGUCAUGUUGGUGAUGGAAAUUUCCAUGUUAUCCUCCCAACAAUUGAAGAAGAUAAAACUGAGCAUAGAAAGAUCCAAUCGUUUUCUGAUCGUCUUGUAAGACGUGCUCUGGCUGCAGAUGGAACAUGCACUGGAGAACAUGGAAUUGGACUUGGAAAAAGAAAAUACUUGAGAGAAGAAUUAGGAGAGAAUACUGUACGGUUGAUGCACACGAUCAAACACGCGUUGGAUCCUAAUAAUAUUAUGAAUCCAGGAAAAGUCCUUCCAGAAUUGUAAAUGCGUAUUUUCUGACGUAGUUGAUAAAGCGGAUUUGCGUUUAUGAUACCCACCGGCACGGGAGAAAAGAACAAGGAUUAGAAUCUGGAAGACUGGAUUGUAUUUAAGGAAAAGAUUUUGCUUUUUUAGUGGAUAAUUCCUUGCAGAAAACUACACUUUGAUUCAAAUUAUCUCGAAAAAUGAAAUUCUUAUUGUUUUUGUAUUUCACUGUGCUUGCAUUUUGUGAAAUUCAAUGUGUGCCAUUAUUCAAAGAUAUUGACUAUAAGCUCUAUGAAUAUGACACUGGAGUUGCGGUGGAUUCUGUUUUUGAAAUAGUUCCAGAUACGUCAAAAAAAGUGGCUUCCAUCGGAAAAAGACAUCGGAAGCAUCAUGAAAAAUUGUAGAUAAAUUGAGAUUUUAAUUGUUCAUAUUUAAAUUGUUUUAUUGUAUUUAACAUGUUUCCGCACAUCGUUUUUCAUAAAAAUUGUUAUAGUUGAAUGAAUCUAUGAGAUCUUGUUGUAUGAAAUAAAAUGUUAAUCAAAUAAAA